AUGGCUGUGCGCACAAGACAUGCUCACUGACACGCCGGCACAACAACCCCUGUCCGUCUCGCAGAAUCGUUCACGCUCUCCGCUCGGCCCCGCCACCAUGAGCACGCCACAUGCAACAGAGCGUACUCCGCUGCUCUCCAACCCUCAGCACGACGAGAGCAAUUCAUUGGCUCCACCUACAUCGACCACCCCACCCAAUCCCAUCGCCUCCUCGUCCACCCUGCUCCCUCCCUUCCGUCGGCUGCUACUCGCCGCAUUACUCCAGGCCCUCUCCUUCGUCGCGACUGCCACACCCAUCAUUUUUUCCUUUCGUACCAUGUCCUGCGAGAUCUACUACGAACGCAACCCUCCGUACCAAGGCAACGGAGAUCGGUGUGCGAGGAAAGAAAUCGACGCGACCACGGCUUCGGCGAUUUCGCUCAUGGUCACCUUGACCACGUUGUGAGUCGGCGCAGCAUUCGAGCUUGAAAAAAAAAAAAAAAAAAAAAAAAAAAAAAACCACUGAAGCCAUCCCUCUCCUCCAGCUCGGGACUACUGAACCUCUUCACCACGGGCUGGAUCAUCCGUCGUCGAGGCGUCAAGCUCGCCAUGACCUUACAAACGCUCGUCCCCUGCGUUCGCAACGUCUGCCAAAUCUAUGGCAUUUUCCACGGCGGACUCCUCGGCAUCCGCCUGAUCCAAUGGACGCAGCUCUUGACCAUCUUUGGAGGAGGGGGAGGGUACAUGCUCACCGCCAACAGUUAUGCCGCGGCUUUGGUCACCCCUGAAGAGAGAACGGCCAGUUUUGGGAUCUUGCAAGGCUUUCUCAUGCUCGGCACUGCAUUGGGGUACACUCGUGAGUCAGACCGCAAGUUUAUUGCCUCACAAAAAUCUUCACUUGCUGAUCUGUGGUUCACUACAGUCGGUGGACUCGUCGAUGACAUGUUUGGAGCACCAGCGCCCUUCGAGAUGACACUUGGCCUCCUCAUUUUGUCGACCCUGCUCUCCGUCUUUUUCCUCCCUUAUAUAGCCCCCGAUGCCCAAUCACCCAAACUCAACGACGAAGGUGUAUUGGCACCGCUCAAGAUCUUCUGGCCUCGAUACGUCCAAGUAGAAGGCACGAGUUGCUCGGUCCGCUAUUGGGGAAUGACCUGGCUCGCGAUUGGCAGCUUCUUGGGGGUGUUUGCGACGGCGUUCGUGCCGCUCGCUUUGCAACUCACGGCGACGAACAUGUUUGGGUUCGGGCCCAAGAAUGUAGGAUGUCUGACCUCCCAUCGAAGCCUUGGCGUCAGAAUCUGAUCGAGUAAUCUCGUGAUCCCGCAGAACGGCUACCUGCUCUCUUUAACUGCGGUCUCUCGAGCCGGGUUCCUCACCUUCGCCUUCCCCCGAGCCAUCGCACGUGGAAGGAUAUGGCUCAGCGGACCCAAAGUCGAACCAAGUCCCCCAUCAGCACCCACGACACCACCACGAGCCCCAACGCAAGCCAAAGAUCUCGAACCCCUAUCCCUCAAUCCGGACGAACUGACUGAGUCUGCGCCCGUGCCCAAACCGACGGACCAAGUACACGGCAGUCAGUUCGAUCUCUUCUUUUUACGAAUGAGCAUGCUCGUCGAUGCUUGUUUGACCGCUUGUGUCACCUUCACGACUCUGGGAUGGCACGUCUAUCUGGGUGAGUUCAGCAAGGCCACGCAUCACCCGUUCUCUUCCCGAACCACGCUCCGAGCGAAAUGACUGAAUGCGCGAACCCAACCUUGGCCCUCACAGCCGCUCUCAUACUCCCCCUUGCUAGCGGUACCGCCCCCGCCGCCAAAGGCGUCAUCAUGGAACUCGUUGAACCGUCGCAACAAUCCCUCGCAUUACAAGCGAUCGCCCUCGUCGAAUCCUUGGCGAUGGUCUCGACCGUUUCCGUCUUGGGGAUCGCGUUCGCGAUGUUGAGUGAGGUCGGCAAGGGCCCUUGGAUUUUCGUGGCUAAUGGGUCGAUUGCGUUGGUCGCGGCGGGUACUUUGAUGUUGGUGCGCUUUCCGCCCAGAGGUGUGGUGGGCACAGCGGUCGGAGGGGGGGAAUGA